GGAGACGCCUUCCCUAGAUCUCCGCGCUGUGCGCGCUUCUCCGGUCUGCCGAGCCGGUCUCUCAGUCCGGCGGCACUUGGCAGUUGCAAGGCAGAGUUCGUCGGGGUAGGGAGCGUGUUCGAACACGUCGUGUGCGCGUCGUCGCUUUGCAGCGGCCUGUUGCUCCUUCUCUUCUGCCCGUCGACUCUGCCGCUCUACCAACACCGAUCUUCGCAUCUCGCAGGAUGUGACCGGACCCUGGAUUGUUGUUUUCACGGGCAGUUUGGAUUUUGCAGCCACUUCUGAGCCAUUUUACUUUCUUCUUCGGAGCGCCGUACGUGUUUUGUUCCUCCCCUCACCAACUCUCGUCGGAUAUUUUGUUCGCGCAUCUCAUCGGUCAGCGUCGUCGCAAGAAUUCGGCCCGUUUAGAAGUAGUCGGUGUCUGUGGUGGUUAUAACCCCGAGUUUGGACGGCAGUCCUGACAGUGUGAACAAGCAACAGCGGCUCCGUGUGUGUGUUUUCUGUUAGAGAGACUCAACUUUGUACUUCGUCGAGGAAUUCCCUGAAACGUCGAGGAUUUGACAGCUCGGCUUCGAGGUCCGCCGGCGGGCCAAGCGCGCUGCCUGAACCGCCCAUGAGGAGGCCGGUUGCCCGGAGCUGAGGACGGCGCACGAGCCGAGCCCGGCGCGGCGAUGCUCGGGCCGCGACGCCGGCACCCGCGGCGGCGUCCGAGCCGCACCGGUCGGGGUUCCCCGUGGCCGUCCCUGUGCGCCCUGCUGGUGCCGGCCGCCCUGCUUCUGCAGGCGGCCACGGCGGCGGUGGUGGCGGCGCCGCCCAGGGGGCCGCGCGACGGCGAGGCGUCGUACGCCAGCUUCAACGAGAGCGUCAACUUCACGCACCUCGUGCUGGACAGGACCACGGGGCGGCUGUACGUGGGCGCCAGCAACUGGCUGUACCAGUUCAACGGCUCGCUGCAGCUCGAGGUCGAGCUGCCCACGGGUCCCGUCCAGGACAACGUGCUCUGCUCGCCGUCCGACUGCGACGGAUACGUCACGGCUCCGACCAACAACGUCAACAAGGUGCUGCUAGUGGACUCGGUGGACCAGAAGCUCCUAGUGUGCGGCAGCGUCCGGCAGGGCGCCUGUCGGCGGCACUCCCUCGCCGACAUCUCCCAGAAGGAGCCCCUGGUGCCGACGCCGGUGGCGGCCAACGACGAGAACUCGUCCACCUUCGCCCUGAUCGGGCCGUCGCACUACUACGGACACGACUCGCGCGCCCUCUACGUGGCCACCACCAACAGCCGCCUGGGGCCCUACCGGGACAUGGUGCCGGCCAUCUGCACCCGGAGCCUCAACCCGAACGCCGAACCCUUCCGAAUCAUCGAGCAGUCCUUCUUGGCCACGGCCCGGGUGGACAUCGCCAACCACAUCAAGGACUACUAUCUCGUCCACUACGUGUACGGCUUCCACACGGAGGACUACGUCUAUUUCGCCACCGUCCAGCGGAAGAGCCAUCUGAGGGCCUCCGAAGAGCUGGGCUACUUCAGCCGACUGGCUCGCGUGUGCACGUCGGACCCCGCGUACAACACGUACACCGAAGUGACGCUCCAGUGUCUGGGCCCCGACGGUACGGACUACAACCUGCUGCAGGACGCCGUGGUGUUCGAGGCCGGCGACGACCUGAGUCGGGAUCUGAGGCUAGGCCUUCGCGAGAGGAGAGUGCUCGCCGCGGUGUUCGCGCAGAGCAAGGAUCACACCACUCGGACGGGGCGUCGCGCGGCCUUGUGCCUGUACGCGCUGCGCGAUGUGGAGCGCCGCUUCACCGAGAACAUCCACAUGUGCUACAACGGCAGUGUGCUCACGCGCAAUAUGGAUUACAUCGCGGGAAGUGUGCAGAGCUGCCCGGAGCCUGGGCAGAGCGGCAACGUGUUGAGCUUCUGUAACGAGACGCUCAAGCUGAACGGCAGCUCAGCCAUCUCCAAGGUGGCCAGUAUCGUGUUCGGGAACCUGACCCUGACGGCGGUGGCCGCGGCUUCGACGCCGCAGCACAGCGUCGCCUUCCUGGGCACCGACACCGGACGCCUGAAAAAAGUGUUCCUGACGAAUCAGGGUCGAGCGGAAGAGUUCGAAGAGGUCGUCAUCGAUUCCGGCAAGUCCAUCCUGGCCGACAUGGAGGUGGACACGACCGGACACUACGUCUACGUGGCGUCUCCUUACAAGGUGAGCCGCAUCCGUGUGGACCGCUGCCAGCAGUACAACACGUGCGAUCAGUGCCUGCAGGCCAGGAAUCCCUACUGCGGCUGGUGCUCUCUCGAGAAAAGGUGCACGGUGCAGUCGGAGUGCCUGAACGCUUCGGCUGGUGGCGACCAGCGAAGUUCCUCCCGGUGGCUGUCCCUGGACACGCAGCAGUGCAUCGACUUCCAGUCCAUCGCACCGGAGAAGCUGCCGCGCACUGCCAUGGCCACCGUGGAGAUCGCCAUCAACCAGCUGCCCCAGCUGCCCCGGGGCGCCCACUACGAGUGCGUGUUCGGACGCAGCGCUCCCAUCCAGGCUCGGGCCACGCAGCACGGGCUCGCCUGCUCCACGCCCGCGGUCCACAACAGGCCGUCCAUCCCCGCCGGAGCCGACCACGUGGACGUAACGCUGUACAUCCGCUCCAGCGAAACCAACACGGAUUUCCUGCACCGGCCCUUCACUUUCUACGAUUGCUCCGUCCACAAGACGUGCUCCGCUUGCGUCACGAGCGCCUUCGCCUGCAACUGGUGUUUCAGCGAGAAUAGCUGCACCCACAACGCGUCGGCGUGUUCCCGAAACGUGAUCCGGGGAGAAAACAACCCUCAGAACUCGCUGGUCAAGGGCCGCCAGCACUGCCCGAGCUUCAGCGCGGACAGCUCCAUCCUCCUGGCCAACGGAGUGCGGACCGAGGUGGCCGUCGAGGCACGCAACCUGCCCAACCCCGCCGACAACUUCCAUUGCGUCUUGGGCAUCGAGGGCGCCCAGCAGAGGGUUCAGGCCCGGGUGAUGAACAACAAGAUCAUCUGCGCCCAGGCUGUGUACACGUACGACAGCGAGUUGCCCGAGCAACAAGGCACUCUGACCGUCCUCUGGAACCGAGACACUUUCAUCGGCCAGACGAACGUGACGCUGUACAAGUGCCAGCUCCUGGGCAGUCACGGCGGCCGGCCCGACUGCUCGCUGUGCCUGACGCGGGACCCCAAGUACCGCUGCUCGUGGUGCGGCGGCUCGUGCGCCACGGCCGACUCGUGCAUCCAGCCGGUGUCCACCACCUGUCCGCCUCCGCGCAUCGACUGGAUCCAUCCCUUGAGCGGGCCUAUCGAGGGAGGCACGUUCGUCACGAUCGAGGGAAGCAACCUUGGCACCAGCAAGGAGGAGAUCUACGACAAGAUCAAAAUCGGAGGCAUCCCCUGCAUCCCGGUCGAUUACAACGUCUCUGUUCGCGUGGUCUGCACGACGGGCUCAAGCGAGACACCGAUGACGGCUGAUGUGGUUGUGGGAAAUCGCGCGGGCAUCACCCAAGCCAAGGAGAAGUUCCAGUACAAGCAGGUUCUUGUGAAGGACCUGCAGCCACGCACGGGUCCUCAGUCCGGGGGCACACGUCUCUACAUCAGUGGCUCUAACCUGAACGUUGGGAGCCGUCUCGAAGUUUUCCUCGACUCUCUACCCUGCACCGUGGACAAGACCCUUGCGAGCAACAGUCAGAUUUCCUGCAAAACGAGCAAGUCUACAAUACCGAGCUACAACGUCUCCCAGCUUGUUCUCAAGAUCGACAAUGCGUCCCAGUCUAUACCGAACCCCUUCGCGUAUGCAGAAGAUCCAACCAUCCUGAGGAUAUCUCCGUUGAAGAGUUUCAUCAGCGGAGGUCGCAGCGUGAUGGUGAUUGGUAGCAACCUGCAUGCUGUGCAGCAGCCAAGGAUGGCAGUGUUCUUCGAGGACCAAGUCCUCAAUGAAACGGUCUGCGAGGUCAUCUCCCCGUCCUUCAUGUCCUGCCCGUCCCCUCCGAUCAACGCCGAGGCCUAUCGGCAACCGCCCAGCAAUGCCAAGCAGAAGGGGUCCAGCAAGGAGCACCAGUUCGGCAACUCUGCGACUCGCGGCAGCUACAACAACGACCAGGAUGUCGGCAGCAACAGCGCUCGAGAGGAGUGGCGCUUUCGCAUCGGUUUCGCCAUGGACGACGUGGACAGCGUCUGGGAACUGCCCCGCAACUUCCCGGCAUUGCACUCGGACCUCGUCUAUGUGCCCAACCCUCAGCUCUUCCCUUUUGACGGCAACGGUGUGAAGCUCUACAAGGGGGAGUCGCUGGUGAUUGAGGGGGAAAACUUGAGACUCGCCAGUACAGAAUCGGAGGUCAAUGUGACGAUAGGCACCCGGCUGUGCAACAUCACUUCACUGGCCAUGAAUCAACUAGUCUGCUUGCCUCCCGAAGUUCAGCCUUCGGGCACCGAUGAAGUAGGACGCUGGACCGACAAUGGGCUUCCCAUGGUUGUGGUGCGCAUUGGAGGGAACCUUCGCUUUGAGGUGGGCUACCUGCGCUACGAAGUGGCCAAGAAGUAUGGCUUUCCUCCGGAGGCCAUUGGAGGGCUUGCAGCCAGCGCGGUGGCUCUGGUUCUGCUCAGCGUGGUCAUCCUGGCCGUGCUGAAGCACAAGAGCUCCCAGGCCGAGAGAGAGUACAAGAGAAUUCAGCUGCAGAUGGACGACCUUGAGAAGAGUGUCCGCAUCGAAUGCAAACAGGCAUUUGCAGAGCUCCAGACAGUUGUCACCGACCUGACCAAUGACUUGCAGUCCGUAGGCAUCCCAACAUUAGACCACCGGACCUACGUGAUGAAGGUUUUCUUCCCUGGUGUGUACGACCACCCACUGUUGCAAGACAACAAGUUGAAGAACAACGGCAUCUACAGCAACUAUGAAGUGGCAAUGUCCCAGUUCCAACAGUUGAUCCUAAACAAGAGCUUCCUCGUAACCUUCAUCAACACCCUGGAGAGCCAGAAGUCCUUCACCAUUCGUGACAGGGUCAACGUGGCCUCCUUGCUGAUGAUCAUUUUCAUGGGGAGGCUGGAGUAUGGAACUGACGUCCUGAGGACCCUGCUACUCCAGCUGAUCGAGAAGUCGGUGAACACCAAGCACCCGCAGCUAAUGCUGCGCCGGACCGAGUCCGUGGUGGAGAAGAUGCUGACAAACUGGCUGGCCCUGAGCAUGUACGACUACCUGCGAGACUAUGCAGGCAGCUCCCUGUUCCUGCUCUUCAGCGCCAUCAAGCACCAGGUGGAGAAGGGGCCUGUGGACACCAUCACCUACGAUGCCCGCUACUCCCUUUUCGAGGCCAGGCUGCUGCGCGAACAGGUCGACUACGAGCUCGUGACAAUCCAAGUGAUCCAAGAGGACCAAGAUGAGAAGGUGCACUGCAGAGUGAAUGACUGCGACACCAUCAGCCAGGUGAAGAGCAAGAUCCUGGACACCCUGUACAAGAACACCCCAUUCUCCUUGAGGCCGUCGAUCUACGACGUAGACCUCGAAUGGCGCCAUGGACGAGGGGGUCACCUGAUCUUGGCAGACGAGGAUUUGACGACAAAAACAGUCAGCGGUUGGCGGCAGAUCAACACACUGCGGCACUACGGCGUCAAGGACUCUGCUGUGAUGAGCCUCGUUAUGAAGCAGAAUGACAGCUUCAGUUCUAACUGCAAUGUUUCGUUGAACUCCAUGUCCCCGAUUGUGUCCCACUGUGACCUGGAGCAAGGCAUCAAGUACUGGCAUCUAGUCAAGCCGGAGGAUGAGACCAUUGGGCAGCCCAAGGACAUGCACUACAAGGCCAUCCCCGAGAUUUUCCUCACCAGGCUGCUUUCCACCAAGGGCACUGUGGAAAAGUUUGUCGAGGACUUCCUCAAGACAAUCCUCACGGUGAACGAGGCCCUUCCACCAGCCAUCAAGUGGCUCUUCGACUUGCUCGACGAGGCAGCCCACCGCUAUGGCAUUGUUGAUCCUGAAGUGCCCCAUGCCUGGAAGAGCAACUGCCUGCCCCUGCGGUUUUGGGUGAACUUCAUCAAGAACCCGGACUUCAUCCUGGACGUGCAGAAGACGCCCAUCGUGGACUCGUGCCUCUCAGUGAUCGCCCAGACCCUGAUGGACGCCUGCUCUACGUGCGAGCACCGGCUGGGCAAGGACUCGCCCUCGAACAAGUUGCUCUUUGCCAAGGACAUUCCCAAAUACCGCCGCAAGGUGCUCGAGUUCUACCAGAGCAUCGCCCUCCAGCCCAAGGUCACUGACCAGGAGAUGUGUGCGGCCAUGCAGGCACUCUCCCUCGCCCAUUCCUCAGAGUUCGAGCCAUCAGGAGCUGUAAAAGAGCUGUAUGUCUACGCCGCUAAAUACAGAGAGCAGGUCUUGACCGGAUUAGAGAAUGACAUGCACUGUCGGAAUCUGCACUUCUCGCACAAGUUACUCAACGUGGCGUGCACACUCGAAGGAGAACAGACUUCCAUGUGUUGACGUUGCUCCUGUGUCGUCGGUACCAUCCCCGGGGACAGCUGCCGUGCACCCAGUCACAAACGCGGAACAGACUGACGUGUUGUGCGCGCAGCCGCACUAUGCAAAGCGGGAACGGACCACCAGCAAGGGUGCCAGCCAGACUACAGGCGGUGUGUGUGUGCGUGCGCAGGACGGCUCUCCCAGCCUACUGCGGAGCAGCGUGCAAACUGUGAGGGUGUGUCUCGUGUGCGUGCGUGUGGAUGAGUGAGGCGCGUAAUUUAUGUGUGCGGAAGAACGGCGGAACAUUCCGCCGCGAGACGUUUAGGAACCGCAGCAGGAAGAGACUGUGCCCGCUCCCUUCUUUCUCGUCGGGGCGGACUGUAAACAAAGGAAAAAGUUCUACUUUCUCAUUUUGGUUCGGAAGCAGGGUGAUUUUGGCACUUUGCAGCCAGAAACAGCUGGCUGCCGGUGUCAACUCUAUUUAUACAUACAUGUGCCUCUGCAGGGAAGAGAUAGACGUUGGACCACUGAACUUCCUCAUCCCAUCCACAACUCACGGUAAAGAGGAUGGGUAGCAUACUAUGGGCUCUCGUAGGAGCAAAGAGAAAAGUUGAGGUUAUGCGCUAACUGCAAAAUAUUUUUAACAGGACACCGAUUUUACUCAUCGAGACUUUGCAGGCACAGGCUGCCUGCAGUUGUUGUUCAUCGCCAGUUUUGUACAUUUUGUAUAGUAGCAUCAUUUUUGAAAGGUCUGUUUAUGUGGCCCUCUCCUGCCCCCCUUUGUCUCUGCGCAAAAGAUAAGCCAUGCAAUGCGUUCAACCAUUGUGAAAGACUGCCAGCAUUGCCCAUCUAAGUCACACAAGUCCCAGGAUUGCCGAAGUAAGCUCGGCGAUCUUGUCUUUGGAUGCAGAAGAGGGGUCUGAUCCAUUUUUACUAGGUGGUACGAGCGUUGCCAGCCCCACAAUUUUAUUUCCAUUUUAUUCUUUGAGCCAAUUGUAAAUGUGUUUAAUAUAUAUACCGUACCUGUUUAUGGCAUUAUUAUACCUAAUGCUCCAACUCUUGCUGUCUAAAGAAGCGGUAUUUGAGUUAAGUACUUUGUUUCAUAGCUGGCAAGUUGCCACUCGAGGGGGGCAAGUCGAUUGUUGGUGACAUGGGCAAAGCAUUUUUUUUUUUUUGUUUCUUUUAGCUGAAACAAACUUAAAAUUCUACAUUUCGGCAUCGUUCGAGUCCCCUUGUUGCAGUUAAGUCAAGUGCUGUGCAUUAAAAGUUUUCAGCCUGGUGUGCGUAUAGUGUAAAUAUCUGAGAUGAGGCAUUUUUUGUCGAGCCAUGUUGUUCGAGAUAUUACGGAAUGUCUAUAGUUAAAACAAUGCUGCUUCGCUUCCUUUGGAGAUUGGCCACUUUUUCGAUUUCCUAGCAAAAUACAUUUCCAUGUUUGUACAUGUUUUGCCUGUGAUAUGCCGAUCUCACGCUUCCGAUUUGAUCUGGUCCCCUUCUUUUUUUCACCAGUCAGUUCUUUCUCUUCGGGCUACAAACGAAAACGGAACUAGGGAAGAAAAAAAAAAGUGUGGCAAUGCACAGGUGCUGUCAUUUGGGUUUUCUAGACGUUCCGUUGACUGCCGCGAGAGUACAGGACCCUGUGUUGUUCACCUUCAAUGCGACUGGCUGGAACAGCAUCCUACCAUCAUAUUUUUGAUACUUGGCCUCUCCCUUGUAGUAAACAAAAUAAAGACAAAAAUGUUGUGCAGCAGAGCGCUUCACUGUGUAGCGUGUUGCUGGCAUCCGUCAUUAAAGGAGCAGGUUUGAGCAUGUC